AUGGAUUUUGAAAUUUUCAAUCUGGUUUCUUGCAUGUUAUUAGGAUUAAUAACAUAUAUAGCAUUAUAUUAUAUAAAAUACUUUACAAGAACAUCACCUUUACCAGGCCCAACACCUUUACCAUUAAUUGGUAAUCUACACAGUGAUAAUUUAAAUGAGUGGCUAAAUAAUUUACAAUCUAAAUAUGGUGAUAUAUUUGAAGUUUGGAAAGGUUCUGAAAGACAUAUCUGGAUUGGUAGAGCUGAUCUUGCUACUAAAUUGUUGAAUCCUUCUUAUAAAAAUAAUUCGUUUCCUUGGAGAUUCGGUGAGAAUGAAGGACUAGAUUUAAUGGAUAUGACUAGAAAAGGAACAGUUUAUAAUCGUGACCUAAAUAGCCUUAUCUUUAAUCAUUGGAUGAUGAGAUUUAUGACUGAUUUUACAUUUAUGAUGAUAACAAAUCAUAAUGUUUAUGCAUUAACAAAUUAUUAUGCAACAUUUCAAAAUAUUAAAGAUGGUUUGCCUGAUAAAAAAAUUCUAAAAGAAUCGGAGAAAUUGGUUGAAUCUAUUAGAGCGCAUUUCAUGGCAUCAGUAUUUUUUAAGGAUACAUCAAAAUAUUCAAGAUAUCUAUUGCCUGGAAAUAGACUUAAAUCUAAAAGAUUGCUUGAUCAAGUUAAUUGGUUAAAGACUAAAGUAAUAGAAAUGAUCAAUCAAAGAAAACAAUUAAUAAAAGAAUCAAACAAUGAGCUAUUAUCUUCUGAUAUGUUGACUAUGCUAUUAACUUUGAAUGGAGAUUCUGAAAAAGGUGGAGCCAUUGACACCGUAUAUGUUGAUUCUAUGAUAAAUUAUUAUGAUUUACAUAAACUUCAUUAUUGUGAAGCAAUUAUAAAAGAAGUAUCAGUAUUAUUUCGUUAUUCCUCAAAACCUGAACAAAUAGCAAAUUACCAAUUUCCGAAAUCAACUCAAUUCUUAAUAAAUGUCCAAGGUGUUCAUAUGAAUCCACUUCACUGGAAAGAUCCCAAAGUUUUUAAUCCUGAUCGAUUUCUAGAAAACCAACAAUCUUCUAUUCAUAAUAAUUCUUUACUUUAUUUUGGUGGUGGCAGCAAAAUCUGUCCAGGAAGGCAAAUUGCAAUGUUACAAUUGAAAUGUUUGAUGGUCCUAUUCUAUAGAAAGUAUGACAUCAAAUUAAAAGAUCCAAAUCAUCCUAUAAAAUAUUUCUCUACUGUUUUUGAUUUUUUAUGUGAAGAUGAGUGA